CCACUCUAGUUCUAAGAUUUGUAUUGAAACAAUUAAUUAACAUUCAUAAUUUCAUUUUAUUAAUAUUUUUGCAUUAGAAGCGAUGGACGCCACCAACACCUCGGAUGUAGCUUCGCCGCGUCAAGUGGAGCUGCAGCUGGAGCAGCAGCAAGAUGCACCAUCUGUCACCAAGUUCGCAUGCAAGAAGUGCCGCUGUUUGUUGUUUACUAGCGAGCAGCUCAUGCCGCAUGAGCCGGAGCAGCACCAGAUCUCGGCGCGCAGGAAGCUCAAGGACCUCAAGCACAGCGUCGGCGCGAACGUGGCCUGUUCUUCAUAUUUUCUAGAGGAAACGCUGUCUUGGAUGGACGAGGCUUUACUCGCCGAGGGCAAGAUCCACUGCCCCACUCUCAAGUGCCAGUCGCGUCUAGGAGCGCUGCAAUGGUCGGGCUCCCAGUGCUCAUGCGGCACGUGGGUUACACCCAGCAUCAAGAUCACCAAGAGCAGAGUAGACGCAGUCUUCAAGCAGAGCAACCUGAAUAUUGUCACGGGCGUCGUGCUACCCAACGCAGCACAGACAUAUGCAGCAGAAACAACCCCACCGACAAUCUAAGGACGUUAGUAUGACCGCAAUUGCAAGUUCAUUUUAACAUAACGUGACAAUGCAAUUGUCCUAGACCGCAAUUCGCCUAAGUUUAAGCAGACAAAUCCCAGUAGUUCACGCAGGCGUCGUUGCCAACAGAGACGAGCUCCGUCUCAGAGACGAAGCUGACGCCAGUGACGC